UCAUAUUCACCCAUAUCAAAUCCAUUCCAUCUUUGCAUAUUUUGAUCUUCCUUUAUUACAAAAAUUCACAAACACAAACAAAGCAUAAAACGAUAACAUGGCAAGCCACGGUAAUGACAACCUUUUUAGCAGUAACCAAGUCCCCGGCCAAACGCAGAUGAGAAGAGAUGGCUCAGACGCACCUAACCAGGGCCAAGGCUUUCUUCAAGAGACUGGGACACAAGUGAAGAACAUGGCACAAGGAGCAGCAGAUAUGGGUAAAGGAGCAGCACAAGGUGCAGUUAGCGUGGCUCGUGGUGCUGCUUUGGGUGCUGCUAACAUAGCUCAAGGUGCGGCUGAUGCAGUCAAGAAUACUGUUGGAACCAACAAUCCACCCCAUCAUGACAACACCGGCAGUGCCACUACCGGUGGUAUCCCCAAUUACCUAGAUGAAUUCCCAAAGAACAACCCAACCAACCCCAAGAUUUAAGUUUUCUUUGGAAAAUUAAGGCUGUCAUAUCUUUGAAGUUGUUUCAUGUUUUUUUAUUUGUUUUUAUUUUAUUGUUGUAGCAUGUUAUGAGGUGUGGUUUGUCGUUUAGCACACACCAUAGGCGUAUUAUUUUUUUAUUUUGUUUUCACAGAAAGAUUGUUGUUCUUGUUAGUAUUAAAUUGAUGGCCAGCAGUAUACGUGCUGUUUUCUUGGA